AUGUCUCCUACUCUCUCACAAUACGAAAGAGGGGAGAUCGUCGGGGCCUGGAAGAUGGGCCAUGCCCUCCGGGAGAUGGAGCGCGAGCUCGGGUACCCUUACUCCACCAUCCGAGACAUCAUCGAGCUCUACAAGAAGACCGGCGCGACUGUUACCCUGUACGUCAAGCCUGAGAAGCAGCUUAGCCCCCGAACUAAGCGUAAGCUUGCCCGCGAUGUCAAGGAGAACCCGUUUGUGAGCCUCACGGAGCUCGGUCAAGAGUACGACGUCCAUCGGACCACCAUUGCCAGGUACCUGGCCGAGAUCAACAUCUUCUCGCGCGUCGCCCGUCGAACCCCGUUCCUCAAAGCACACCAUAUCAACAUGCGCAUCAUCUACGCUGUCCAAUACCGCGGUUUCCGUUGGGAUUUAGUCAUUUUUACGGAUGAGUGCACCAUCUGUAACAUGAAUUACGCCCCUCCGAGGUGCCUCCGACCGCCGAACGAGCAGGACAACCCCCUUUACACGAUACCGGCGAUGGCGGGGUCCAGGAUCGCAGUCAAUGUAUGGGGGGCCAUGGUCAAAGGCAAGAAAUUGCCGUUGCUCAACCUCACCGCCGAGAUUAAGCGCCGAGAGCCGAACGCCGAGAAGUGGACUUUAACCGGAGAUAGAUACGCCGAGUAUGUUCUCUUCGAACGGCUCUCCGUUUACGCCGCUGAGCUCGCCCGUGAGCGCGGCGGGGGCUGGACGGUCGAGGACAACGUCGCUCUCCACCAUACGAACCUCUGCAGGUCGAUCCGCAACGAGUGCGGCUUCCAAUGCAUCGACCAUCCACCCUGCUCUCCAGACCUGAACCCAAUCGAGCACCUCUGGGCGUACAUCAAGAUGCGCUUGGCCCGCCGGCGCCAGGCUACGACCAAAGAAGAGCUCUGGGAACAGAUUGUCGACGUAUACGAGCGCGAGGUGCCGCAGUGGUUCAUUGACACGCUUGUAGACAGCAUGCCCGAGCAGAUCGAGACACUUAUCGAACGGGAGGGUCUGUACACCGGAUACUAG